AGCGUCUAAACCUCCUGCGACACCAACACCAACCUGACCAUAAGACAAAAAGGUGUCAGGUAAGUCCUCUUUCACAGCAGAACAGCACAGACGGCUGACAAGUCGACGUAUAUAUUUAAAUUUUUAUUUUAGACACUAAUAUGACCAAAGAAAUGAGCGUCUCAGAGACAGAUUCAUAGCGGGUAUCAAAGAUGAUCGGAUGUUGAGGACGCUAUUAGGAGAGACGUUGACUGACCUUACGUUUGACAAAGCCGUACAACGUUGUGUGGCAAUGGAGCAAGCCAGUAGGGAUGUGGAGACGCUCAGAGGAGAGGCAGGACUCCAACCACGACCACACGAAGGCACGGUCGGGAUGGCUGAGGUUCAUCAAAUGACAACGGGAUCAACCACAUGUUAUCGAUGCGGAGGAGCACAUGAAGCCAGAGAGUGUCGAUUUAGAACAGCUACAUGUUUUCGUUGUCAAAAACAAGGACAUGUACAAAGGAUGUGCAGGACCAAACCAGGUCCAAGAAAAGAAGUCCAAUCUGACAAGGGACCAAUUCGGAAGGAAAAUAAGAAGAAACCAGCGAUGAAAUGCCUGGAAGCAUGGGAGAAGGAGGAACAUAGUGAGAGUGACAGUGACUUGUACAACUUGUUCAGUCUUGGAAGAAACCACGCCAUGGAGGUACAGGUGCAAAUUGAACGGAAACCCAUUGUCAUGGAAUUAGACACUGGGGCGGCCGUAUCAGUCAUAAGUCAUGAGGAAUACAAGAGGAAACUAAGACAGCAGGUCUCCAUCAAAGAGACAGAUCUGUUGCUGCACACGUAUACUGGAGAGACCGUCAAACCAAUGGGAGUGUGCACAGUGAACGUAGAACAUAAUCACCAGAAACAACAGUUGCCCUUGUAUGUACUACCCGGAAAAGGGCCAGCUCUUUUGGGACGAGAAUGGCUGAAAGCCAUCCGACUGCAAUGGUCACUCCUCCAUCUGAACGCAACUCAAGAACUAGAAGACCUGCUAGCACGACACCCCAAUGUGUUUGGAUUGGGGUUGGGGCGCAUGAAAGGCAUCAAGGCCCGAAUAGCGUUGCGGAGUGACAGCACACCACGUUUUUGGAAGGCAAGACCGGUGGCUUUCGCGAGGAAGAAAGCCGUGGAGCAAGAACUAGAUAGGCUGGAGUCUGAGGACGUGAUAGAACGGGUACAGCACAGCGAGUGGGCGGCGCCAAUAGUUACUCCUGUCAAGAAAGGAGGCAACGUUCGGAUUUGCGGCGAUUUUAAAGUGACCGUUAACCCACAGCUAGAGAUAGACACCUACCCACUCCCUCGAAUUGAGGAGAUUUAUGCAGGCUUGGGAGGAGGGAAACACUUCACAGUCAUCGACCUGAAGCAAGCCUACUUGCAAAUGGAGCUGCAAGAAGACUCCCAGUUGGCAAUGACCAUCAACACCCAUAGGGGCCUGUAUCGGUUCAAGCGCCUACCGUUCGGAGUAGCUUCAGCCCCAGCAAUAUAA